CGGCCGCGUUAGUCAAUCGGUGUCCGACCGAAACGAAAGAUCUCACAUUGGCCAGGGAAAAUUCUACGAAACUAUUCGUUAGAAUUUUCAUAAAUGCCAUUAGUUUUACAUAUAAUAAAUAGAGGAAAAUCGAAUAAAGAAACGACUAAGAAUACGGAAAAUUUGUACUUGCAAAAGCCGACGACGAAUACUUUUAAAGAAAAAAGUUCUGGUGUACUUUAAUUGAAUCAAAUAAUAAAUUGCAACGAAUUUAAUUGACUAAUUCAAUAAAUAAACUCAACGACUAUUGCAACUUUAACCCCUCACAACAAUACGAAACAAAGCGCCUUACACCUAACGGUAUUUGUAGUAAAUGUCAAUAAAGGAGCUGACUUUUGUAACGAAUAUAAAAGUAGAAAAGGAGAAAAGAAAAGUGUAGAAUUGUACAAAACGUGAGCGGAUAUAAUAAUUAAAUGACUAUUAUUGGAAAAUAUUAAUAUUAUUACAAUAAAAAAAGUAUUCCAAAGUACAUUAGUGUAAAACCAUAAGCGUGUAAAGAAAUUAGAAUCCCUGUAGUAUUUACAUACAUAUUUACAUGUAGAACUCUGCGACUAAGUAAUCGUCUUUUUUUGUGAAGUGACGUCACUUCCGAUUUCAGCACGAAUAGAAAAUUCAGAAUAAAUCGCCAGCGCGUCUGAAGAAUUUUUCGUACACUGUAAAAAUACUGCACCAAUUUGUCCAAAGCGGAAAGCAAGAGAACUUAGCGACACAAGCCAUUCAAGUAAAAUUGUAUUCACAGUAAAAGAAGAAGAUAAAUUGAUAAAAAAGUAAAAGAAGAUAAAUUGAUAAAAAAUAGUAAAAGAAGAAGAUAAAUUGAUAAAAAAUAAAGCGUCGCGUUACUCGGAAACCAUUAAGAAGAGUGAAGAGGCGAACUGAUUGAAUGUGAAUAUACGCGAAUCAAGCGCCAGCGAAAAUAAGUGCCUUAAUCAUAAAAAUCGAGUGGAUAACAAAAGCUCCAGAAACAGAGAACUGUAUUGGAAUUGGAUUACCAGUUCAAGGAUUCAAAAAGUUUUGAUAAAACGCGUCUAAGGAAUCCCAAGAAGUGCCAUUUAGAAUUGUAUGCGGACAAAUGAAAUAAAGCGCAGAUUUGAGACCAAAGAAAGCAUCCGCACAUACAAAUUAAGCGAAGGAAACGGAAAUGCUAAUUAGCUGAAAAUUCUUUUUUAUAUUAAAGAGGAAGUAGCAGACAAUAAAUCUGAGAGAAACAGCAUUCGAUUAAUAUUUAUUUAUUUAUAACAAAUCACCGAACUCAAUUGGAAAAUUAGCAUUGAGUUACAGGCACCGCACUCAAGUAUAAGAAAAGUGACAAAUACAUACAUAUACAUACAUACAUACAUAUGUAUAUAUACGCACGCACUGCACAGAUGAAAAUUCAAUUUCUAGAAAUUGAUCGCUUAAGCCAAGUAGCAGUUUUUGCAGUAAUUGAAUUGCAAUAAAGUAAAACGAGACGGCGAGUAACUUUCGAACGGGUCGGACUUACCAUACAAUUAGAAUUUAGUAUUUCAUACCUAUUCAACGAAAUUCAUACAAAUCACGAAUUUACAUAUUAUAUCUUUGUAUGAAUCAACUACAAUCAAUUAGAGAGUAAAAAUGGCAGAUAAAUAUACAAAAACAACGACCUCUAGCAGCGUGUUAGAUGGAAAGAACGACAGAAAAAACGCUACACUUACGCCAGCGUCGUCCCAGUUGCCCAAUGGCGUCGCUGGUUGUGGCGUUAAUCCCAAAAAUGUGCAAAUCCUUACGAAGCUGGCCAAUAGUUUGAGUGAAAGCUACCAACUGGUCAAGCAACGUCAACAGAAAUACAAAGAAUUGAACACCAAAAUGGGCGGCAUCGAUGCGCCACAGCUCAUAAGCUAUACCCAAGACUGUGAUGAUCCUGGCGCCGGUGAGUGGCAGGAAGUCAAGAACAAACUGAAACGCAAGAAGAAGCUUUCUGCCUCGCUCACAUCCGUCAACGACUCGGUCCACCAGGAGAAGCGCACACGCAUCGAAGGCAUUCAGCUUAAUUGUCGCGGCAAAUUGCACAUCAGCGAACUGCCCAAGCCAGUGCCGCAAUCGGCCACACAAAGCUAUGUCAGUGUGGGCGUGGCACAACGCGCCGAGCGCUGGGGUGGCACCAAAUCGAAUACUUCACACAAUUCCGCUGCCGCAGCGCCUAAUAAACAGAUGCAUGCGAAUGUUGUAGUGUCAACAGCGGCGGGUGCAGUCACAGCCACAGGCGCCACUACAGCAGCGCCACCACCGCGCCUCAAACGCAAACUGCAGGAAAAUGUGCAGACCAUACAAAAGCUGAAUGCGCUCACAGAACAGCUGAGGCUGGAAAUCAAUGAACUGAAGUCCAGCUUGACAACCGAAAGGGGCGCUGUGCGUGUAUUGCGCGCACAAAAUGAGUCGGAGACACGAAAAUGGAAAAAUGAAGUAAAGAGACUACAAAAUGCCGUGGAGCUUACGAAGAAGAACAACACAACGCCGCUGGUUGGUGCCAAGAAGCCGCCAACAGAAGUUAGCGCUGAGAACCUGCCAAAUGCGGCCACAGCUGGCAAUGUAACCAAUUACGAAGUACAAAGACUGACAAAUGAAGUUUUAGCGCUGAAAGAGGCGAAUAGAGCUUUAGAAGAGCGAAAAAUGAUCAAUGGCGAUGCUGAUAGACGUAAAGCAGCUGAUAUGCGCACAUUGAGAGAUACCUAUGAAAUCCGAUUGACUCAAUUAACUAAAUCUGCCAAAACUGAAAUUUCACGUCUGCUGGAGGAAAUAAAAACCAAAGAACGUUAUAUUGGGCAACUUAAAAAGGAAUUACAAACACUUCAAAUUCGGCCACAAGGCCAAGCCGAAGUGAAAAGCAGAAAUGCAACGACAAAUCAACAAACGACGAAUAAAACGACGAAACCAAAGAAGAAUAAUAAUAACAAUAAGUCAAAACUAAAUACAACAAACAAUAGGUCGAACGAAACAAAUGCUUCCACCUCCGCUUUGGCUAAAAAGACGGAGGAUAGCAGGACUACAACAGGUGGAGAGGCUCAACAUCCAAAUGAGGUAAGAGGAAAUUACUGAUAUAUAUUUAUUUUUG